AUGGUCCCUAAAACACCAAAGCAACCGAUGUCUCAAAAGGUACACGAUGGUUGGACUAAGCUUGGAGCAAAGAAGUCAAAAAAGAAGGAGAGAAUGAGAGAUCCAUUCCGAGGCGAUCAUCAUUUCAAGCGUGGGCCCUAUUAUGUCGAGGUGUGGAUACCAAUGAACAGCAGCCGAUUGCGGCAGAAGGCCUCCGCGGCGGGCAAGCUGCCGAACGUAUUCGUGCUGGGGGAGAAGUGUCUGGCUCGCUGGAGUGGCGCCCGCAGAUUUCCGGCCACCGUCCAAAAGGUACUCGGCAAUGAUAUGUAUGAAAUCCUGUUCGACGACGGCUACAUGAAAGUGUUGAAAAGUGCUCACAUCAGCAAACUGAAAAUACCGGUUGGAAAGAGCCAAUCACCGUCUACAUCAGCAAGCCCUGCCCCUCACAAACCAAUAGCUAACUCUACUCCGGACAAGUCGAAGAUAAAGACACAGGCGGCGAAGAAGGAUUGGCCACUAAUUUCCAUGAGUUCGCUGAAUCUCGCGGAGCUCAGUCUGCCCGAGAUUCCGAAGGACGGUGAAUGGUGCUGCCACUGGGUAAAUGACCAGCCAAUAGGCCGCGAGGGAUUCCUAACCGUAGGCGACCACAAAAAGCCAACAGUCAUCGUAGAUGAUUGGCGACUGCCGCCUGGGUGGACGAAGCACAUGUACCAACGCUCGAAUGUCCUAGGCAAGUGGGAUGUGAUCCUGGUCAAUUCGAACAACAAACGCUUCCGCUCCAAGGCGGAUCUCAAGCAAUAUAUUGAAGACUUGGGACAACACUACAAUCCGGACGUCUACGACUUCAGUAUACAUCGAAGGCGGGCAAAAGACAUCGGAGCUUAUGUUUAUAAUAAAGAUUACAAACCUCCCCAACCGGUGAAGCCACCACCUCCACCCUUGGAACCCCUUCCGCCACUACAACCGCAAAGUCUUAUGCAUAACGCUGGACAGCAGAAUUCCAGCAUCCAAUCGCUGCUCUCAACGUCGUCUCCGCCCUUGUUUGAACCGACUUCAGGUAAAGGCGGCGAAGACGAGUCCAUGCAGUUAGAGGAUGGUUACGUUUACGUUGGCUCCUUGAAAGUCCGAAUUAUUGACAACCUGUUCCGCUGCCCCAAGGAGAACUGCAACAAAAAUUUCCGGAAAGAGAAUCACUUGCAGAUCCACAUCAAGCAUUAUCACGACGACAUUGCAAAAUUUCUUGGAGAUUGUCCCAGUAUGCAGGAGCUAGCGUGUAAGCGCACCAUCGGCCACCCUCCAGAUGAACCUCUGCCCAAAAACUAUCUACCCAACUCGCAGUACUUCGCAAAGUUACACCAGCAAGACCUUCAGAAUAGAAUGCAUCGGAAAUCAAUCUCAGCUCCACACGCCCCAAGCAUUUCAACGCCAACCUGUCACGAGGCGUCGGACAGUUUCUUGAUGUCUACAACUGCUGACGAUUCCUCCAAGCUUCUGGAACCUUCCAUUUCUGACUCAAUCGUCGGAUCCAGCACCGUACCUUCGAGUCUCGCUGUAGCGAGCCCCUCCUUCGUUCAUUCCACUGGCGACGAAAUGUCCACGCCUCUGAUUGAAGAGCAACAAAAAUCAGCGCCGCAGCUCCAACCGCAAUCUCAUUCGAAAGUUGCGUCUCGCAAGACUGGCGAAAGAAAGAGCUCGAGACAGAGGCUGCAAAAGAAAUACGUCACGGCAAGUACGUCAAACUUUUUCGACAACACGUUCCACAUGACAGAUUUUGAAGAAACGAGGCAUUCCUUCAAUGGAACCCCCGAACAUCACGUCGGGGUCACCACUAUUCUGAUUUGA